CAUGAAGAUCUAUCAAAAUCUAAAAAUUAGAAUAUGCAAGAUGACUUUCUUUUUUUUUUGUUGCACGCAUUGGUAUGCAAUAAACGAUUUUGUUUUUAAUUGUUAUUAAAUAAUUAUCAACGCUGAUUUUCAGAGUUCCCAUAUGAAAAUGAUAAAAAUUUGGGACAAAAAAAUUCUGAAAUUUAUAUAUCCUCUUUCUUGAAGUCUCUCUUGAAGCAUCUCUUCAGUCGUCGGGGGGAAAAUUAUUUUCUUCUCCUUCACCAUCCCCCUCGCUGGCUUCGGUGUCACCGGCCUGCGAACGUUCUCUGCACGGGAAAUUCAGAGAAAUCGGAGGUUCGGUUUAAUUUCGGAUCGGAAGAUCAGUGAACUUUCCAAAAGACGUAGUUGGGACAACGGGACAGCGUAGUUGUUGCUCCGCUAUUACUUAUACAUCUGGUCAGGCGAAAAGGAGGGAAAGCAGGAAAAGGAGGAGGAAUCUCUUUGUGCUAGUCGCCGCGUGUGCACCGCCACGUGCCACAGAUAUUUAUAGAAUAUUACCUAUUGUAGAUAAUUAUUAUAAAUCAUUAUUGCGUCGGGACAUCGAUAACAUGGUGGCCAACGUGUGCUUUUCUCUAGAUUACUUUGGAAAUCUGUGAAGGGACUUAUCGGCGACAUUGAGUGUGAUUCAAUAUUCGUUAUCUGCAUCAAAAUUAAGUGAUUAUUAAUCGAUUCAAUAAUUCUUAUUUUAUUAACCCUCAUUAAUUUGAUUCAAUAAUUGACUUGUCGAUGGCAAAGUGUGAUUCAAUAUUUGUUAUCUAAAUUGAAAACAAUUGUGUUUCGACUCAUCAGUGAUAUUAAGUGUGAUUUUAUAAAUUUCUUGCUAAAGAAAAAAAAAAAGAGAAAAGAUGAAUAAGAGAGCAAGAAGAUCCUCGGAUGGCGUCAACACGGUGUUUUCGAAACAUUGAUUUUAAUUUUAUUAAUGGACAUGGCACAUUACCCGGUACAACUCGCUCAAUGAAAUAUAUCCUUUUUCGAACAUGGUAAGGUGACGACACAAUUUUUUAAAUAUUAAACCUUUUCAUACACAUCUUUUAUUAAUUAUUUUAAGAUUUUUAUAAGACGCCCGAUCAGUUAUCGGUGUUACGGUCAUGGCACAUACAAAAAACGUAAGACUUAUGAAGUAAGAAAAAUUGACCACCCACAAUCAAUCAUUCUUCUCGAGGAAUAAUCGUCUGUAAUUUGUCAUUUUUCUUAUUACUUAAGUUUUUUUUUUUUUUUUUAUAUGUCAUGGUCUUUAGGGUUUCCGCCCUGAACAGAAAAAAAAAACUUAAGCAGUAAAAAAAUUGACCAAUCACAGACGAUUAUUCUUCGACCGUAAGAAUACUCGAAUGUGAUUGGUCAAUUUUCUUACCGCUUACAUUUUACUGUUUAAAUUUUUGUGUUAAGUUUUUUUUUUUUUUUGUUUCUUUUUUGUCGAGCCACUGCGAUUUCGGUAAAAUGCGUUUGCACGAUCGCGCGCAGAUUGCCAAGAUACAAAUCGCGAGAUACUUUCAAAACAAACGCACGUGAACGAGGGGGCGAGAGGCGCGGGCAUCCUUGGAGUUCCCGCGACGGAGACGGAGCAGCGGCUUGCGGUUUGCGGCCUCGCGACGACUCUGCGGGAAAUCGGGAGGAAAAAAAGGCGCGUGAAGAAGAAGAAGAAGAAGAAGAAGAUGAUGAUGAUGAGAGGGAGGACCACCUUCGCGGGCGCGCCGCAAAGUGGACACGCGUCUACGCGCUAAGACAAAAAUUGCGUAGCAGCCAAAAGACACAUGCGCGAACUCCCCCUGUGUGUGUGUGUGUACUCCUUUGUGUUAUUUUCAGGCGGUAAGUCGCGCCGUUUCGCCGGAGGCUUUAAAUAGGACCGGGUCGCCCGACGAAGAAGGCAGUUUUCUCGCGACACCGUUCCUACAUGCUGGAGCAUCGCACCGUCUUUGACAUUUAUCGGAUUUCCGUGCUCGUCGUAUAAGGCAAAUCAGACACAAUAUUAACAUGCCGACCGAGUGCAUCGCCAACCCGUUGCAACGGGAGCUGGCCGACUCGAUAAUACGGCUGCAACCGCUCGACGAGAUCCGCAUCCUCCUCGCUUGCGGUGCCAAGCCGAACGAGCCGGUCACCCAGGGCCUCAGGCCCCUGCACUAUGCCGUCUGGCAGCGUUACACCGAGGCCGCCCAGCUGUUGCUGGUGCGUGGUGCCGACAUCGACGCCACCGACGAAUGCGGCUACUCGGCCCUGCAUCUCGCCGCCGAGCACGGCUACCUGGAUUUGGUGAAGCUGCUGCUUAAGUAUGGCGCCAAGGUGGACCACCGGCAGGACACGGGGGAGCUCUUCCCCAGGACUAUGUUGUGUGACGAGCCGCUGCGCCUGGCCCUGCGGAACCGCCAUGUCGAGGUUGCGAGGAUCCUGCUCGAAGCCGGGGCUAAUCCGAACAAAAGAUACUUCUUCGGCUCUGAGAUUAAUCUGGUGUCGCCCUUGGAUCUGGAGUGUAUGGAGCUGCUAUUAGCUUUCGGCGCUCAUCCAAACACGCGGGAUCGUGCCGGGUUAACGCCACUCAUGAAGGCCGCUAGACUGCCGCAGGGCAUAGCAUCGGUGCUUCUGCUGCUGAGUUACGGCGCGGACGUGAACGCGACGGCGGACGCCAGGCAUGAUUACCGGACGGUGUUGCAUUACGCGAUCCUCGGCGGCGACCCGGCGGUGAUCAAUCUGCUGCUGAAGCAGGGCGCCCGGCUGGACCUCGGGCCGGACUAUCAGAAACCAACGGCCCUGGAUCUGGCCAUACUCAAGGGCGACCCGUCGAUCGUCGAGAUGCUGCUCGAAGCGGGCGCUGACGUAAACGCCUCGUCGCCGAUUAUCGGCUCGCCGUUGCACGUGGCAUGCGCGGACAACAUCCCGAAUCGGCUGGAGAUUCUCUGCAUGUUGCUGGAACGUGGCGCCGAUCCCAACCUGGUGAUACGCAGCGACGACGGACCGGCGCUGCGACCGGUGCUGGCCGAAUACGUCGCCUCGAACGAGAACCCGUCGGUGGAGAUAGUGGCGUUGCUACUCAAGUACGGCGCCCGGGUGGUGAUCAAGACGCAGUUUCGCGAUCCGCAUGGUAUUCUCAACUCCCUGCAGAACACGGCCGACAAACCGCGGCUGCUGCGCGCGUUGCUGGAAGCAGCGGAGAGCUUCGAUCCCUGCAUGAUACGACGAUCCAGCAGUCUAACGGACGCGCAGAAGGCCCUGGUGAUGGAGGCGGCCAGGACUCCGCUGCCAUUGACUCAUCAGGCGAGGCUGAUAGUACGCAAGCUUUGCGGCACCAAGCUACCGAAGAUCGUCAGAAAGCUACAGCUGCCACAAUCGCUGCAUCGUUACCUUCUCUAUGACUACUACUAGUCGAGAGAUCGUUGGGAAUCGAGAGGAAAGAUGACGUUCAUUUCGGGAUAUUUCCUUGGAUUUCCGGUAAAUUGUGAGGAUUCGGUUUCUCAUAUUCCAUGCCUAGGCUGCUGGGUGCUUGGGAGUAGCUGAAAUCCCGAAACGCAAAACAACGCCGAGUCUGCACUCUCGCCCAUACAAUACAGAUUUUGCAACUAUAUCGCAGCAAUGUUGCAACAAUUGCUUCAUUUAUAUUGAACAAUUGCUUGAUAAAUGCAUUAAAUACUAUAUCCAUAAUCAAAUCGCUUGAUAUACUUGCUAUGAAUGUUCGCAGAUUAUUUUGGUCUGAUAUUCUUGAUAGCGAGUAUCAAAUCAAAUUGAUACACGUAUUAAAAGAUCCUAGCUCAAACACUUGGUUUAUUUUGAAUCAUAUCAAACCAGUCACUGCUAUUAAAUUCAGACAGGUUGAACUUAGAAACUUUUAUAUCUCGGAAAAUUGUGAAAAUAUUAUGUAAAAAGAACAAACUUAACAUAACUUUUUUGAGAUGGAUCAAUAUAAAGAAAAACGUAUUAAAUAUAUAAUUCACAUUAAUUUAAUAUGUGUACUAAUUGAUUUAACGGUGUAAACUAAAUAUAUGUGUUGCUGUAAUAUAGUUGCAAGUUUGUGCUAUGGGCAAUGUUAUACGAAUUAGUAAAGAAUUUAUCGAUUUAUCUGAUAAAACUUGUGCAAUAAAACUCAAUGCAAUAUUUACAAUUCGAAUUAUCUGCAUAUUAUUAAUACGAAAAAAAUCGCUUCGGUAGACAUGACUUAAAAUUAUGUUAAAGAUUGCUUAAAAAUCCUGGUUAAAAAUCCCUAGUCGACUCGAUAAUGCUGUUUUCUUUUGCGGAUUUCAGAAUCGCGUCAAAAUCGUAGACUUGAGAUAAAAAAAGAGUCGCGAGUAUCAUCUUGCUAAAGGCAAUUCUUCUGUCGUCGAGAUCGAUAGCAUAGAUAUUGGUUAAGAUUGCUGGAGAUAAAAGAUGAGUAUUUCGCGCUGCUGCAAGUCUAUGUCAAUUCGACGAGUACAAUAACGAGGCUGUUGAGGCGCCACCCUCUUGUUUCUACUUAGAAUUUUACUUUUACACAACGCAUAUAAAGGCGAGCAAAGUGAUAUAAUGCUU